GAUACUGGGACUUUUACUUUUAAAAGUUUUCAAAAUCGUCUCAUGAGAAUUACCGCAAGUUAUUUUAUCUUGAGCUCCAAUCCAUCCAAUAGGUAUUUGAUUAUCUUGUAACUCCCUCUGCUUCUCCAUUGCAACUUUUGCAGGGACUCCAGACAUGGUGGCUAGCUGAAGGAGACCUACAAUUUGGCUCAAGUUUUGAGCCAAAAAACAAACAAACAAACAACAAAACUCAAAGAUCGGCGGGGUUAAAUUGAAUAAACCAAUCUGCUGUGUUUCUCCUGCAGAUCCGUCCCCAUACCAGAACGGUGGAUGUGUAUAGCGAAUAUAUUCUCUCCUAAUGAACUGGGCUGUAGUGAUGCAGGAGACAGCAGCUCUGACAGUCAGUGGGGUUUAAGAUGGCAGAUUUUUAUUGAGUUUUGAGCUGACAUCUCUCGUUAUUUUUUUGCCAUGAAUAACAGAAGACCUUGCACCGAUGGCCCCCGUGUACGAAGGUAUGGCCUCGCAAGUGCAAGUAUUUCCGCCGCACACUCUCCAGUCAAGUGCCUUCUUUAGUGUAAAGAAGCUAAAGGUGGAGCCAAGUUCUGACUGGGAUAUGACAGGGUACGGCACUCAUAACAAAGUGUACAGCCUGAGCAGCAAGAACAUACAAGCCACCCAGGUGGCCAUUAACACCUCCACCCUUCCCUACGAGCAAGCGCUUAUCUUCCCAGCCAGCACCGGGCACAUUGUGGUAGCUUCAGCCAGCAGCACUUCCGGAGCAGCCGGGCAGCUGCUGGGCAUUACCUGUCACAACCUGAUGCGCCGCAGUACAGUGAGCCUUCUGGACACGUACCAGAAGUGCGGGCGUAAACGCAAGAGUGAGGAGAUCGAGAACAACAGCAGCGUCCAGAUCAUCGAAGAGCAUCCGCCAAUGACACAGAACACCAUCAGCGGGGCCACUGUUGCCACGGCCACCAGCUCCACAGCAACCUCCAAAAACAGUGGCUCCAACAGCGAGGGGGAUUACCAGCUGGUCCAGCAUGAGGUUGUCUGCUCAAUGACCAACACCUACGAAGUCUUGGAGUUCCUUGGCCGGGGGACCUUUGGGCAGGUGGUAAAAUGUUGGAAGAGGGGAACCAACGAGAUUGUGGCCAUCAAGAUCCUGAAAAACCACCCUUCUUACGCCCGGCAAGGGCAGAUCGAAGUCAGCAUCCUGGCCAGGCUGAGCACUGAAAGCGCGGACGACUACAACUUUGUCCGGGCCUACGAGUGCUUCCAGCACAAGAACCACACCUGCUUGGUCUUUGAGAUGCUGGAGCAGAACCUCUACGACUUCCUGAAGCACAACAAGUUCAGUCCCCUCCCCCUCAAGUACAUCCGACCCAUCCUGCAGCAGGUGGCCACGGCCCUCAUGAAGCUCAAGAGCCUGGGGCUCAUCCACGCAGACCUCAAGCCUGAGAACAUCAUGCUGGUGGACCCAGCCAGGCAGCCGUACAGGGUGAAGGUGAUAGACUUUGGCUCGGCCAGUCAUGUCUCCAAAGCUGUGUGCUCCACAUACUUGCAGUCCAGAUAUUACAGAGCUCCAGAGAUUAUCCUCGGUUUACCAUUCUGUGAAGCAAUCGAUAUGUGGUCGCUGGGAUGUGUCAUUGCAGAGCUGUUUUUAGGGUGGCCAUUGUAUCCGGGGGCGUCAGAGUAUGAUCAAAUUCGGUACAUUUCUCAGACGCAGGGUUUGCCAGCAGAGUACUUGUUAAGUGCUGGGACAAAGACAACAAGGUUUUUUAACAGGGAUCCAGACUCUGCUUAUCCACUGUGGAGGCUCAAGACACCAGAAGACCAUGAGGGCGAGACAGGAAUCAAGUCAAAGGAGGCGAGAAAGUAUAUUUUUAACUGUUUGGACGAUAUGGCACAGGUGAACAUGACAAUGGACUUAGAGGGCAGCGAUAUGUUGGCAGAGAAGGCAGACCGCAGGGAGUUUAUUGACCUGUUAAAGAAGAUGUUGACUAUAGAUGCAGAUAAGAGAAUAACCCCCAUUGAAACUCUGAACCAUCCUUUUGUCACAAAGACACAUCUCCUUGAUUUCCCUCACAGCACACAUGUCAAGUCUUGCUUCCAGAACAUGGAGAUUUGUAAGCGCAGGGUGAACAUGUAUGACACUGUUAACCAAAGCAAGACCCCUUUCAUUACACACGUGGCCCCCAGCACUUCCACCAACCUGACAAUGACGUUCAACAGCCAGCUCAACACUGUACACAACCAGGCCAACCACCUGGCUCCCACCUCCACCAGUGCCACCCUUUCCCUUGCCAACCCCGAUGUCUCCAUACUAAACUACCACUCUGCACUCUACCAGCCCUCCGCAGUGUCCAUGGCAGCCGUGGCCCAGAGGAGUAUGCCUCUUCAGACUGGAGCAGCGCAGCUCUGUGCCACAAGACCCGACCCCUUCCAGCAGGCUCUCAUCGUGUGUCCACCCGGGUUUCAAGGACUGCAAGCUUCUCCAUCGAAGCAUGCCAGCUACUCAGUGCGGAUGGAAAAUGCUGUCCCUAUUGUCACUCAGGCCCCUGGAGCUCGGCCUUUACAGAUUCAACCAGGACUACUAACACAGCAGGCCUGGCCUAGCGGGACUCAGCAGAUCCUGCUCCCCUCAGCCUGGCAGCAGUUGACAGGAGUUGCAGCCCACUCUUCAGUGCAGCACACGGCCGUCAUCCCUGAUACCAUGGCAGGGACACAACAGCUGGCCGACUGGAGGAAUUCUCAUGCCCACAACAGCCAUUAUAACCCCAUCAUGCAGCAGCCUGCCUUGUUAGCUGGCCAUGUGACACUACCAUCUGCCCAACCUUUGAAUGUGGGUGUCGCCCAUGUGAUGAGGCAACAGCCAGCAACCAGUAGCUCCUCUUCCAAAAAGAACAAACAGCAUCAGAUGUCGUCAAGGAACGUGUCGGCCUACGAGGUGUCGUCCACGCAGGCAGCGAGCUCCCCGCAGCGCUCAAAGCGUGUGAAGGAGAACACGCCCCCUCGGUGUGCCCUGGUGCAGAACAGCUCCUUGGCCUGCAGCUGGGGAGAGGCAGCCUCCAGCACCACCAGGGAGCACCACCAGAGACAGACCAUCGUCAUCCCGGACACUCCCAGCCCCGCCGUCAGCGUCAUCACCAUCAGCAGCGACACGGAUGAGGAGCAGGAAGAGCAUAAGCACGCCCCCAGCAGCACAAAACAGAGGAAGAAUGUCAUUAGUUGUGUCAUAGUUCACGAUUCCCCAGACUCUGAUUCGUCCAGUAAUAACAGUCCCUAUGCUGUAGAGCACCGCUUGGGCCUUACCAACGGAAACAGCCUCGACUCAAAGGGAAUGCUGGAUAACCAUGGCAAUGACAAUCCACGGACCAUAAUCAUACCGCCACUCAAAACACAGUCCAGUGAAGUUUUGACUGACUGCGACAGGCUGGUGGUGCCAGACACAGUCGCUCAUCAUUCAUCAGUGUACAAAUCCAAAAACUCCAACACAGCGGUCUCUGUCAGCAGUCACUCAUCAGGUAGCUCUUCGGGAGCGACAGCCUACAGACAGCAGAGAUCAGGGGCACGCUCCUUCCAGCAACAGCCCCUUAAUCUCAGCCAGGUACGGAAAGACAGGCCUGUCUUAGUCACAUCACGUUUAUUGGCACAGCAGCACUUGGCGGCAGAGAGAAACGGAGGCCACCGCAGGCAGCAGGCUUACAUCACCCCCACGAUAGCACAGGCACCUUACUCCUUCCCGCACCACAGCCCCUCACACACGGGCGUUCAUCAUCACCUGGCAGCAGCCGCCCACCUUCCCGGGCAGCCACAUCUCUACGCUUACACUGCGCCCACCGCCCUGGGCUCCACAAGGACCGUUGCCCACCUUGUGGCGUCGCAGGGCUCGGCCCGUCACGCGGUCCAGCACACAGCCUACCCCGGAGGCAUCGUCCACCAGGUUCCAGUCAGUAUGGGCCACCGGGUCCUCCCCUCACCCACCAUUCACCCCAGCCAGUAUCAGACACAGUUUGCCCACCAGACAUACAUCAGUGCAUCACCAGCUUCUGCUGUCUACACUGGAUACCCACUGAGUCCCACCAAGGUGAACCAAUACCGUUACCUCUGAAAACACUGGAGCAAGAACAACGCUGCUUUAGACAGAAACGUUUUACAAAAAGAAAACAUGCAAGGCAUCAGAAAAAAUGACCCUUUAAACUUGAAGACAAAAAAAAAAUGAAAAAAUAAGAAGUGGGGAGGAAUUUUUUAAAUUUUCUUUUAAAGAAAUAUUAAAGUAAACGGGCCAGUGCUCAUUCAACUAGUAGCAAUCCUUGAAGGCAAAUCUUUCCAUUUUCAACGGCCUAUCCUGCACCAAAAGGCCUUUGAGAAAGGUGCCGUUUUGUAUUUAUUUAUUUUUUGUUUAUUUAGAUUUUUUUAAUGACCAAUAAAUGGACUGGUAAUUUUUCACUCUACAUGUGACCUCAAAUGGGAAGGUUAUGAUCACCUCACAGUGUAAAAGACAAAAAAGAUCCAUACUGCUCUUCAAUGAAAAUUGAUCAGAAAUGAGGGAAAAAAGAUUGCCCUCUUCAAACCAAUAUAUAUAUAUAUAUAUAUAUAUAUAUAUAUAUAUAUAUAUAUUAUUUCUAGAUAAUUUAUAGCUUUUAAUUUUUUUUUUUUGUUCUGUUAAUUUUAAGGAAGUAUAUUCUUUUUUCUGGUUUUAUUCCCUUCAAGGUAGACAUUUUAGCCGGGUCCCUUUAGAAUGUAGCAGUAUGCACCCUUUUUAAACUUGAUACCAAUAGAUUUUGUUUCUCUUAAUGUGAUUGCACAAAGUGGUUAUGAUAACAUGGCAUGUACAAUGUGAUUGUCUAGGUGAGUGUGCGCUAUUGCCCCGUGUAUGGUCUAUCCUUAGCACAACUGUGCAACUGUAACUACUCAUAGUCUUAGCUUUUAACAUUGUUCCCUCGUAGUGCCUUACAGAUUUGCAGACACAGUUUAAAGUUUACUUCACUGGAACUGGCAGAACCGAGGCUGGUUUGGAGGCUACCUAGAUGGAUGAUGUUACUGUCCUUGUUGUUCUUGUGGUUGAGACCCUCUUUUAACUUCCAGGUGUAAGCUAGGCCUGAAAUAGUCUCAUAUGUUAAUGUGUCCAAUCCUGGUCUCCACCAACUGCUAAAUAAGCACAUUUAACCUGUCUGGUAUUGUAAACAUUGACUCACUGUUUUUGGUAUUAGCUACAAACACGUUUAUGAAAUCUCAACGGAGUUUGGAUCUUACUAAGGUAACUUUGGUUCAUAAGGAAAUAAUGUUUGCAUUGCUGGGUUGCAAAUGGUACUUUCCUUGCAGCCAUUAUAUACAGUUUUUAUAUACUGUGUUUUUUGUUUUUUUCUCCUGUCACUGUGACACACUGUACCACAACAGCUGUUAGUCAUGCCAUGGUAGAAAUAUCCAAUGAAUGAGCUUAGAUUAAAUUAAGUGCCAUAUAACCAUGUGGUUCUGUGAUAUUUAGUAUGCAUUUUUAUUGUGAGGUGUAGGAAGGAGUUCCCAUGAGAAAUACGAUGAGUCGAGGGGUAUUAUACAGCAGUUAAAGAAAUGUACUAGCUAUGCAGACUAACGUGCUGGUGUUGUAAUCCAACCCAUCGGGUGUCUAUAGAGGAUCUGUUAUCUAUUGAACUGCUGAAACUUAAAGAAACAGGACUGACUCUGACAUUCAGAGGCUGGGGAAGGGAAGGGGAACACCCCUUUGACAGUUACAGUAUGCUGUAUAUCCCUUACUGGAUGGAUUACUACAUUGCCACCCAUGGCUUAACUCAUCUUGUUCACUCAAGUAUUCCCCUGCAGUAUGUGGGGUAUGGUUCCUUUGACUGUGGCAUAACAGGGAGAAUUUUGGUGUAUUUAUUGGCAUGUCAUUGUCUAAAUUAGCCAGCCAAAUAUAAACUCAAUGAAAGAGUUGAAUAUUUGUAUGGGAUGUGUGAGAUUUGUGAGGCGUUGACGAGAAAGAUCAAAGAGAGAAUUGGUGGGGUGGGUGUCAUCAGUUUGGUAAUUGAGAGGUUGGGGUUGAGUAUGUUGGUGCAAAAAAUGAAUGGUGUCAAAAUUACACAGUUUGAAUAAAUCUGUUACUGUGACUAAUUGAAAUGAUUCAGGUUUAGUUGGAGGUCCUGUUAAAUAUUCAAACAGAUUUCAACUGAAAAUAUUGUGUGGAAAAUUCACAAAGCUGUGGUUUAGCGUACACCUGGAAGAAGCUUUUUGGAAUUUAAAUUGUAAACAACAUGUUAAAGUUUAUAGAAAUGAAACAACUUAGAAUGGAUAGCUAGAUGCUAUGCUAUGAUAAUUAGACUAAGGCAUCUUCUAUUUGCUGCUUAAUUUGAAACAUGUAGGUGUAUUUUGGUGUAAUUCUUUAAGCUUUAUUUUAGCCAAUGUUUCUGGUUUUGAUUUUGUAAUCUAUUUCUUUAUAUUUUAUGAAUUAGGCACAUACAACAGCUUAGUGAAGAAAGUGAUUUGUGUUUUAAAUCAUUUUUUAUGUUGUGUUUCUUAGCUAUAUAUCCAUUAACAUUUUGGGUAGACCCAUAUUAGUUGGUUCAGCAUAGAUUAUAUAUAAAUGCUGAAAGAGUUUUCUGGUGAAGGUAUGUUAGCAUUCAGAGGUUGCUGCAGUACUUCUGUGCUCUGUAGUAGCAGUAUGAAUUGAUUCAUUUGUAGUUUUGCUUGGUUUUGUUGAUUUUUUUUAAUUUACAAGCACAGGGCUGAGUUUUAAAACCAAGGCCCCAUUUGUGAAGACAAUUAACACUGGUAUGAUUUUAUUUGCUGUAAAUUUGGUACAGUAAUUUAUCUUAAAAUCUAUUCUGGGUGCAGCAGAGGUUGGAAUGAAUAACUGAUUGCACUAAACCCCAACUUGUUUCACGCAACCCUGCCCCCCAAAAAACACAGACAUUUCUACAAAGAUGGAUUCAAACAGACCAUUUUAUUACUUUUUACACAUUUUCACAAUAAUCUUCAAUCUUUUUUAAAGUUGUGGGUUUAAUGCAGUAAGUGAGAAACUUCAAAAUACUGUGCACUUACCACCAAAGCAGUGAAGUGUAAUGUUGAUCGAGCUAACAGUUGGGUUUUCAAUGGGGGGCAUUGACUUAAGCACAUGGCGAAUGGAGCUGAAUUUCACAGAAACUAAAAACUUGACUUCACAGAAUUGUCUUUAAAACAUUCCAUUCGAGAGACGCUUUCCCUUCCCGGCCUGCCUGCCUUCCUUCUUGCAAGAGGAAGAAGCUAGCCAACUAGCCAGCUCAUCUGAGCUAGCCAACAAACUUGCACUUCCACAAAGAAUGCAUUAGAACAGUGUGGGUGUUGUUUAGUCAUUUUGGUUUUAUUUUAUUCACCAAAGAAAUACAGUUGUAUAAUGAUGAUUACUGUGUUAUUAUUACCCCCAUUUGUCCAUGACUGCCAGGCAAUAAUAUCCAUUACUGCUGUUUGUUCCUUUGUUUAAAAUGAAAGCCUUCUUGUAUCGUUUCCAUAUGUGAAAAACCUUCUUUUAUAAAAAACUAUACUUGCCAACUUUUCUUUGGAAAGGACUACAAAUAUGUUGAGAUAUACUAGGUCCUAUUCACAAAGCCUAAGCUCAGGCGUUAUAGUGUAAUAUUCUGAAUACAAUUCAAUGUGAUGUUUAUAACAUUGUUCAAGAGUGUUGUAGGCUUUGACAACAGCAGUCUAGAAGAGUUUCAUGUAUAUCAAAUGUUACUUCAUUAAUAAAAUAUAUAUUUUAAAAACGGAGUUAAAGCUUUGGGAAUAGGGCCCCUCCCCCAAUAAAAAAACAACACGAAACCUUUAAUGACAUUAGCGAGGAACAAUGUGUACUGCUCUCUACCAUGUUAGGUAAUAAUAAUAAUAAUAAUAAUAAUAAUAAUAAUAAUAAUAAUAAUAAGUUGUAAACUCUAUAAUGUGAUGUUCAUUUCUAAGAAUGGUGCCAUGGCAAUUUACUGUAGGCCUGGAAAGAAAUACUAAUUCAAUGGUACAGACUGAAUGUAACUGAAUGUGAAAGACCCAUUAAAAGCAUGUUCUGUGUUGCCAUUGGUGAUGAGUCAAUGCUGCUAGUCUAUACUUUCUUUGUAAUAAGUAGCCCAUAAUACACGUUUUAAUUAUAGACAAUGCCGAAGUACAGUCCAGGAUACUUUUGUGAUGUUUUGACAUCUUUAAUACAUGAAGUCAUUUAUGUCAGUACGUAGAUGAACUGUGCUGAUAUUUUUGGUUAAAAAAACACACAAAAAAGACAAACAAACACAAAAAUAAUGUAUAUUGUUUUGAAAACAAACCCAAAUUCAAGAUUGUUGAUGUCAAGUGUAUGAGCCCCAUGUUUUUUUAUUUUUUAAACCACAUAGAAUUUGUGUUACUGUAGCCUUAAUAAACCCUAAAAAGCUUGAUACCAUUUUUGUGAAUCUACCAUGGAUAGUAAGAAUGAUACUCAACACCUCAGUUUUAGUAUUGAACACGAUAAGUUAAGCAAAUCAAAAGUUACAAGUAUGUGUAGUACUGUGUGUGUGACGGGAAGUUGACAGUGUGUAAAAUGUGCCACGGGUAGUUAACAGUGUUCUGUAUCCAAAACAUGUUUUUUUCUGGUUCUCAUGGGAGGGUUUCCAAGAUGUAUAAGAGUGAUGCAUCUGUGUCAUUGUUGUUAGAAUACAGAAAUAAGGAUUUGGCAAAAACCAAAACUCAAAUAACGUCAAGUAGUUACACAGUUUUACCAUUUAUUAAUAUUUACUACAAGCACACAGUUACAAUUGUGAGGAACAUCCAUCAAUACCAUGUAUUUAACAAUCAUAUUCAUUGAAAAUAAGAAAAAUAAUUGGUGAUUCCAAAUUUAAAAAAAAAAUGCUGUCACCUGUGCUGAAUACAUGUGAUUGUGCCAAUGUAAAGUGCAUUAGCCCUUCGUUAGAGGGUUGGCAAGUAUAGUCUUACAGGUAUUAAAAGUUACACAUUUUAGUUUUUAAUUUCUAUUACUGUUUUUUUUUUUUUUCUUACUGGUUCUUCUUGUGACUUAUUUGGGGUUUGAUGUCAUGCAAAGUCAAAUUUCUUAACACAACCAAAAAAUUAUAAUAAUUUGAAUCAAAGAAUAAAAGCAGUUUUGUACAAAUGUUUUCAUUUGAUUGGGAUCCAAACCUUCCUUUCCCCCAGAAUGUCUUAAUAAAUGAAUUUAAAAAUGGCAGCAAACACAAAGGGAAAAGAUGGUUUGGUUUCCACCUUUCUGCUGGCUCAGUGGAGCCUUGUUUUCGAAUCAAAUUCACUGGGUUUCUACUCCACCUCUAUAGCACGUUAAAGCUUGUUAUAGCUUUUUUCAGUUGUAUUCAUACAUUAUACCUCUAUAAGAACAUUACAUACCCACAUUAAAGUUAAUGUGGUUCUAGCUAAUUAAAUAUCUUCAUAAGCCUCAGCAAUCGUAAGUACACUUCCAUUCACUAUGGGAGGUUUGACGGGCAGUUAUGAAAGCAGUAUGUUAUAGCAAAUGUGUAAAAUUCUGUCUAGGUUAAAUAAAAACCUUUUUUUUUGCAUGCUUUAUAGCAGUGCUGCCCGAACCCGGUCCUGGAGAGCCCCUAUUCAGCAGGUUUUAUAGGUAACCUUUAAUCAUCAAUUUCUUAACACCUGGAACAAUUUCAUUGUGAUCAAUUAAGCAGGUGAUUUAUUAAAUGAAGUCAUUUAAAGAUCAUUUGGUACAAAAAAUGAACUACCCUUUUGAGCCCUCAAUGGCCUGGAUUACAUGCUGGGAAAAUGUCAUGACUUAUCUGUCUACUGUCAUGACUUAUUUAAGGUGGUACGGCUGAAUUAUAAUUUUAGAUCAUUUUGGUUUGUUUAAUUUAACAAUUCCUGCUUUGAAACUUCAUGUUGUAUUUGAUUUUUGUAUAAUCUAUUACAUUUGUAUUUAAACAUAAACUAAACAUAAACCAAAACUAACUAAAAUUGUAAUCCAGACCGUACCACCUUAAAUAAGUCAUGACAGUAAACAAGUCAGGACAUUUUCCCAGCAUGUACACUGGUCCAAUGACCUGAGUUCCCUUAAUUGAACAAGUUAUUUGCUUAGUUGAUCAAUAACUUCCAUGUGUUCCCAGUCUUUAGAAAUUAGCGAUUUAGGGUGACCUACAAAACUUACUGGAUAGGGGCUCUCUAGGACCGUAUUUGGGCAGCACUGCCUUAUAGUUUCUAGGUUUUAAAAAAAGUGAAACGACCUAGGAAGUGUAAUAAUAAGACAACCUGAAAGCAGAACUCACAAACUGAGAGCUUUCUUUAACUAAGUUCUCAUCAAUUUAAUUCAUUUUUUUCUGGAGUUUUAGAAAAGUAUAAAUAGGUCAUUGAUAAUGUACUGUAUUUAUCAAAUAAAAAAAAAAGAAAAAAUACAUUCUCCAUUUCUAAUGCAUGAAGUUAUAUUUUUCUAAAUGCUUGGUCCCAUCUGCAGCUUAAUUUAACCAGGGCCCUCAUAUGGUACCAGAUAUCAUUUGAACUGAAAAUACAUGUGUGGUGUGACAUGCUUCUUUCAAAACUGCACAUUUGCUGUCUAUGUAGCGUAUGGAAGUGCCUGACAGUUUAGAUUGAUGGAAAUAUGUCAUUAGCUUUAAUCCCAUUAAACUGACACAUUGUAAAUUGCAGCAUUAGCCCACUGAAGGACCCACCCUAAGCAGGAACACACAAAACAAAAAUCAUAACAAAGUAUUUUCUACAAGGUCUUCUCAACCUAAUGUAACUAACCCAGAUUGCUUCUAUACCUUCUAUGUAUGUAUGGUUUCUGUGUAAAGUGUUAUUUCAUGAUAGUCUUUGUGAAAAUGAUCGUGUGCAGCAGUAUUUCCUUGUGUACUUCUUUCUCUGUGGUUUAUUUGUCUUUUUAUGUCUCUUGAGAGGGGAGGGAAGAAGUGUAUCGUCUCUUUUAUGAAUCUGAAGAUGUAGAAAUCUAUGUAUCUAUUCCUUAGUCUGAUAUUAAAGGUAUGUUAUGAGAAUGGAUAUUUUACUGGCUUAUAGAAUGUUUAAAAAUAUAAAAUUCUUAACGGUUGAGUACUGGCUACUAAACGCUUGUGUUACCAUUAAGACGUUGUGUGCUUCUCUUAAUCAUUUUCGUUGUAGAAAAAUGGAGUGAAUUUAUAUUAGUCUUGAUUACUAAUGAUAGCAUUGUAAAUUUACAGAAAAUCGUAACAGAAAAUACAUUAUAGAAGAAUAUAGUUAUUUUAAUUGUUAUAUUUACUAACUGUAGGGUGAGAAGGGGCUCCCGUUGUGGUGAACUAUGUUAUAGCUUGUUAUUCACUGUUACUUUUGAUCAUUUUUUCGGUCUCCCAGGUGAAUCGAGUUAUUAAUCACAAUUUGUAUGCUCACAUAUGCAUAUUGUAUAUGUGUAGAAAUGUAAUCACACACUUUGUCUUGGAUUUACAUUAAACUGUUUUAAGUCACUGCA